AUGGAAAGAAAAAAAAGAAAAGUAGAAGCUGAAAAUCGACAGUUUCUCGCAGAAUGGACUGAUUUAUAUUGUUUUACAUUACCUAACCGUGUUGGAGCUUUACCUGUUUGUUUGAUUUGUCAACAAACMGUWGCCAUCAUCAAAAGUUCAAAUCUGAAAAGACAUUAUGAGACUAAACACAAAUCGUUUAGUGAAAAGUACCWGGUAGGAAGUAAUCUUCGUAAAUCCAAAAUUGAGAGUUUAUAUUUAUCUUAUUCGACAUCGACUCAAAUUAUUAACAAGGCAAUGAGUGAACAAGAAAAAUGUACAGAGGCUUCUAUGCGUAUUUCAUGGAUACUUGCUAAACACAUGAAACCGUUUACCGAUGCUGAUAUAAYCAAAGAAUGUAUGAUUGAAGCUGGAAAUGCGUUAUUUGAUAGUAAAAAUGAUAUUAUGGAGACUAUUCGUAAUAUUCCGUUAUCUGCGUCUUCAAAUACUCGAAAUACAGAACUAUUAGCAAAGGAGAAUCAUUCUAAUUUAAUACAAUCCUUAUCGGCCACGGGUUAUUAUGCUUUAGCUAUGGAUGAAUCGUGUGAUAAGACUGAUACAGCUCAGUUGUGUAUUUUUGUGCGAUAUUUCGACAAUACCAGUGAACAGUUUGUUGAAGAAAUAUUAACUAUUUUACCACUCUUAGGGACCACUUGUGGUGAAGACAUAUAUAAAGCUGUUAUAGAAUAUUUCGAAAAAUAUAAAUUAGAUAUGAAAAAACUUAUUUCAUUAACAACAGACGGCGCGCCAUCGAUGAUUGGAAAUAAAAAAGGUUUUGUUCAGAGACUAAUUAAUAAUCCGAAAUGCAAUAACAAGAUAAUAUCUUAUCACUGCAUUAUCCAUCAAAGUGUGUUGUGUUGCAAGUUAAAUUUAAAUCUCGAAGCUACAAUGACACAAGUGAUCAAAAUAGUAAACUUUAUUCGAGCCAAAUCAUCAUUGAAGCACCGUCAAUUUAAAUCAUUUCUCGAUGAAGUUAAAUCACAAUAUGGUGAUUUACAGCUAUACAAUAAUGUAAGGUGGUUGAGCAAAGGUUUGGUACUUCAACGAUUUUUCGCAAUAUUGGACGAGAUAAAGUUAUUCUUGUCUAGCAGUGAUCAAUUAUGCGCAAAAAACUAUUUAGAUUUCCUUGAAAUAAAAGAACAUGUCACAUCUAUCGCUUUUUUGACAGAUAUAUUUAAACAUAUCAACGAUUUAAAUUUCAAACUACAAGGUAAAGGAAAAUUAGUGUGCCAUCUACUGUCAGAAAUCAAAUGUUUUUCAAGGAAAAUGGAUCUCUUUGUUGAAGAUAUAGAAAACGAACGUUUGCAAUUUCCGAACUUAAAUACUGUUUUUGAUGACGCUGAAGAUAAUAAUGAUAUUGAUAUCAAUCAGUUCAUUAAUUUUAUAAAGAAACUUAAAUCUGAAUUUGAAAAUUGA